AUGCUCGUCUCAGAAGCUGUUGUUGUUAACCUUCGUCCGCUGACUCCGAUCGAUGAGUUCCCAUGCCGAUCUCUCAAGUUUACACCUGAUACUACCGAUGUAUGUAUCGGGCGAGCGUCAAAGCGGGAGUCCAAGAACCUCGUUCCCUGCAAGGAUAAUGGGCUAUUCGAUUCGCGAGUUAUGUCAAGAAACCAUGCUCAACUGAUAGUACGUCUGGAUAAGAAGCUCGCCUAUCUUCGAGAUGGUGGAUCAAUGCACGGUACCUAUGUAAACGGGAAGAAACUCGCCAGCGAGGAGGAACACCUGCUCAGUCAAGGGGAUCUUAUCACAUUUGGCACAGAAGUGAUUCGUGGUAAAGAUACGUUCCCACCGGUAAAAGUACGUUGUGAACUUGACUGGCUUCAUAAGCCUACGCCCACGAAUACGUUCUGCGUACCUGAUGAUGACGAUGACAAUGACGUCGAAACUGAUAAUGCUCCGGUGGUAUGUCCGGCUGCAAGCUCUGAUGACGAAGACUCUGUAUUCCGCUCUGACUUUGAUGAUCAGUCGGUUGUGGAGGUCUCAUCACCCUUUACCUCACCUUUGAAAACGGAUUCACCGAACAUUACCCUUUAUUCAUCUGUCAACAUGCUUGAUAACAGUGACUGUGCUGCUCGCCACGGAUCCCAAGAUAGUCCCAUUCACCUCGACUGUGAUCCGGCUGAACAGCCUUUGGUGACUCCGCGGAUGACCCCACCAGCGGCGAUAAGUACCCUCGAUGAGGAGCCUGGUGAGGGAGUUGCUCAUCUGGAUGUCUUUGUGGAAGAAACUGGUCUCGAGUCCUCCCUAGAAUCCACUCCUGAAGGGAGUUCGGACUGGGAGGAGGAGGAUGAUGAUGUCUCCUACGGCGACGAAGAGGAGAUACACUCGCAGUGCUCUUUGGACUCCGACAUGGAAGAAGACUCAUGCGUCUUUGACGAUUAUAAGACUAUGAAGACUUCUCAGGUCCUCGGUAUUCGUGAUCUGAUAGCGUCCGAUUCCUCCUUCGACUUCGAGGGAGCAGCUCAUCGACCGAAUUCUGGGGUUGCCGAGCCUCGCUUCGAUGACGAAAAGGGAAAUGAGGUGUCACCCAUUUUACCCAAGGCCAUCCCGUCCGACUUGCCUGUCAUUGAACACACUUCCUCAGAAUCAAUCUCUCACAAUGUAAAACCAAGCGAAAUCUUUCCUAUCCAAGCGCCACAGUCAUCAAAUAUGCUGCCGUUAUCCCUGUUGUGUCAACAAACACAGAACAGAUUUCUCCCUAAUUCUCUCAUUGGACUCCAGCAGAAUCCUCUGGCGUCUCCUAUCGAUUGGCAUCCUGGGAGUGUGUAUCCGCUUCCUGUCCCAGCUCUCCCAAAGGUGACCUAUUCUGAUGGCCCCUUUGCCAAUGAGCUUACUGCGGCAAAUAGUACUGCAACUACUUGCGAAACCACCGAACCUACCGUCGCCAACCCGGCCACAGCUUUCCCAGUGAGCAAGUACGCCGGGCCGAGCGAGCAAGAUAUCCAGAGAACUGCCGUGGUCUCAGAGCAGCCGAACACAUCACAGUUGCCGCCAUCGCAGAGUGCCAUUCCCCCGCAAGAUCCCGGUUCCAACGUACAAGAAUCUAGGCCAUUGAAAAGGAAGGCAGAGGCUAUUGAAGAACCCCUGACCAAUCCAUCGCGAGAGAUACAGGUUUUGGAUUGUGGUCACAACGAGACAGACUCACUUGAGGCUCAGCCAAGGAAGCCAUCGGAAAACCAAGAUAUUAUUCCGCGUUCUCUUCCAGAGCUGGUCCCUACAAAUGAGUCUACACCCGCCAGUGAAACUCUCAAUGUUCCUACCAGCUCCGAACGACCUCUCAAACGAGCAAAGAAGUCAGCUGCCCGGAGCUUCGCCAGCCAUGCUGCUACUGCUGCCCUGGGAGUUGCGAUAGGUGCUCUCGGUACUAUUGUCACGUUGGCCUCGCUUCCUCCCGACUACUUUUAUGAAUGA